AUGGAUGAAGAAAAUACUCGAGUGCUGUUGAUUAGUGCCAAUGUGGGGUCAAUAUUUGAAGAUCCUGAACAGAUGUUCAAACCCUGGUUGAAGGAAUUCACUCAGUGUAUAUCUAGACUAGAACCAGGCUUUAUUGCCAUCCAUUGUCAGGAGGUAGGAGGGAAGAAUUAUGAAGCCUCUAUGCAACAUGUUAACCAAUUUGUUAAGAUCAUAUUGGGGUGUAAUGAAAUGGAGAAAUAUGACAGAGCUCGUGUAUUUCUAGAUGAGGAUUAUACAGCAGUUGAUAAAUUCACAGCUCUGGGCAACUUAUAUUUUAUACAUGAUUGUAUAGAAGAAGUGUCAAUAUGGGAUUUUAUAGAUUGUAAAUUUGUUCCUGUUUAUGGUAGAGAGGUACUAUCUGGUAAUAUAGAGAAUAUUCCUAUCAAAGAAAAAGCCAAAUUUCCCCAGCAUUUCUUCCCUGAGUUUAAAUGGUCAAGGAAAGGUUUUUUACGGACAAGAUGGAGUGUAAAUAAUUGUGUGUUUGAUUUGAUCAAUAUUCAUCUGUUUCAUGAUGCUUCUAACAUCCUAGCUAUGGAAUCUAGUCCUUCAUUAUACAGUAUGAACCGGCAGCAAGCAUUAUUUCAUACCUUACAGAGAUUUGAGAAUGAUAAUUAUGAAUCAGUGCCAUUUUUUAUGUUUGGUGAUUUUAAUUUCAGAUUAGAUACAAACCAAUUAGUUAAGGCAAUCACCAGUAAAACAGAAUCUAAAGAAACUCGAGGUAAAAAAGAACAGAUAAAUAAAAUAGUAUUUACAGAACAGGGCAAUGAAAAGGUUGUAUUAACAUUAGAAACUAAAGGUUUUGAUUAUCAUGAUAAACAUUCAGAUCUGUUUUUUAAUUCUAAUAAAUGGUUGCACCAGUUUGAUAAAGAAUUAUUAGCAUUUCAUGAUAAAUUAGAAGAAUUUGAAGUAAACUUCCCACCAAGUUACCCAUUUAGUGAAGAUGUAAAUGAUGGUAAAACUUACAUGAAAACAAGAUGUCCGUCGUGGUGUGACAGAGUUUUAUUUAAUACCAGUGCCAAAGACAUAAUAGUCCAAGUGAGUAGGCCUUCAAAUUAUAAUAAAUACGCUUAUGUUAUUGUUUAG